UUUGAUUCCAUGUUGCAACACAAUAAAAUGUGGAAAAGUCCAAGGGGGGGGCUUUUGAGAGCCACUGUAGUAUACACUUAAAGAUAAUCUUUGGUGACUAUUUAUUAUAGUCUUCCAGAGUAAUGACUUUGUGUGUAUUUUCUUUGUAAAGGUAGUUUUAGCUUUAUAGGUGACAGGCCAUCUUUCUCCUCUUACUGUAUUUACCCCAACCUCACUCCACGAUUAAAAUUGCCAUUUUCUUGCAGCAAAGUUAUACAGGACAUCUGUAAGUAACAUUAAAAAUGAUUUACCGUUGGGUUUUAUUUCAAAAUCGAGUCUGUUUUUUGUUUUAUUUAUUUAUUUAUUUAUUUAUUUAUUUAUAUUUUUCUGCAAAUUAAAUUAACAUUUUCAAUAGUGAAAAUGUCCAUUGAUGCGAAGGCUCUUGGCUCUGUUACCAUUUGCAUCGUUUUACUUGUUUGAACUGUCUGCUCGGACUGACAUGAACUAUUAGCGGCUCCAAUGUGAAAUGAAGACGCCGGUCCCUUUAAGAAGGCAGUGCCUUCAUGAGCUCUACGUUUAUUGGAGCGUUCACAGAUCAACACGUCUGUAUUUGGAAGUACAGUAAGAGAAAGCGAUUUCCUCAAUGGAAGGAGGCUACCAUUGUAUUAUUUAGUUACGCUGUAUACGUUCAAAGAGGCCAUGCGUUUUUAAAUGCCAUUUAGAAGAUUUUUGCUCGGUGCCACAUUCUGUUGUUUCUAUUUGCUUUUUUAUUUUACAAACAAGUAUGUCCUGUCUGUCUUGAAAUUCACGUAUCCCACCCUGUUUCAGGGGUGGCAAACAUUAGUGGGAGGAUUGCUACUAGCUGUCUCUGGGAAGCUGGGAUGGGUGGAGGUCCACAGCAUUUCCAGGUCUGCUGCUCUUUCUUGGCUGCCUGGUUCUGUCCUCUUUGUCGGUAAUAUCUAUGCAGGCUCCAGGGCAUUGUCCAGACUGCCAAUUCCUAUCUUUUUCACACUUUAUAAUGCAUCUGAGGUGGUUGCAUGCUUUAUCCAGAAGCUGAUACAGAGAGAGGCCACAUCCUUGAUGAAACUACUAAGUGUAAUGCUUCUGCUAGCAGCAGCUGUGUGCCUGCCACUGCAUGACCCCCAGUUUGAUCCAAGUGGUUAUUUUUGGGCUGUGAUCCACUUUUUAUGUGUAGGUGGAUACAAAGUGUUUAAGCGUUCAAAAUCCAGUUUGCUAAGUGACCUUGAACAGCAGUACAUCAACUAUGUUUUCAGUGUUUUGCUGUUAGCUUUUUCUGCCCAUCCCACAGGUGAUCUGUUUGGUGCCUUGGAGUUCCCAUUUCUUCACUCUUACAAGUUUCACAGUGGCUGUUGUGCAAGUGGUGUUCUGGGAUUCCUCGUCCUGUUAGCCACGGUGAGGCUGAAGAGUAGCCUGCCUGUUGAGCACUGUGCAGCCUGGGUUUUCUUGGCGAAGGUUCUGGCAGCUGUCUUGUCCUUGUUUGUCUUUGACAUUGUUGUGAACAUACCAACAGUCUGUUGCCUGUUGCUCAGCUGCCUUGGAGAAGCACUGUUUGUUUACUCGAAACGAAGUGCAGCAGAGAGAUGAUAGAGGGCACACACAGAAGACCAAAGCCAUACACAAGGAGAUGUUUUUGAAAUUACUAAACACAAAAAAACAAAAAAAAAACAACUUUAACUUUAAAUGCUAAGAACGGGAAAGGCUAGCAGGGUUUUUAUAUACCUGAACUAGUGUAUGAUUUUCCUUAGGGCACAAGAUAAGAGGACUUUG